AUGGCGAUACAUUUACCUUUCCAAAGUUCGACCACGGAUGACAUGUCUCUUCAAAAAUAUAAAUCUUUAAUUGUGCAUAUAUCAUUCCUGUUGAGCAUAAUAACAAUGUGCGUUUCGCUGGCGUUAGUAAUUGUGGCUAGUUUCCUUUCAAGAGAUGAAGGCUCCACGUAUGUAGACUUAAACAUAAAUGAGGGGGACGGCACAGGGCCCAGUACUUACGUGUACGUACGAAAUGAUUCACCCUCCCUUGCGUUGCAGCUAGAGGCGAAGAAAAGCUCCAUCUCCGUAGACGUUUCCAUGCGGGAAAAUGAAGGGGAAGAACGCGAAGAAGGUGCAGUAAACGAAGCAAGGGAAAUUAACAACUCAAGUGGUCAGACGAUGCAAGAUGGGGAAGAAUUGGUUGUCUUUGAUGGAGACCCCCACUCACUGCCAAAAGGAAACUCAAAAGGGGAUGAAUUAAAUCUUACUGGGAAGCAAAAUAAAGUCAUACGCAUAGUGAUGAACUGA